AUGAUCGACCACCUCCUCGGCCGUCCCUCAACAGACCUCAAACGCCUCCAAGUCCUCCUCGUCGCCCUCUCCUGGCUCGUCUUCCUGAGAAAAGGCCACCCAAACGGCCCACCCCUCCUCCGACGCUUCUUCCGAUGGCUGGGUCGGCGAGAGGUCAGGGGUAGGGUUACGAGUUGGCAUGUGUUUUGUUUGACGAUGACGGGGAUGUACGUUCUCAAGAAUCUGGAUAAGUUGUUGGGAUUGGGUGCGCCGGAGCCUUUGGCCAGAAUGUACUCCCGCUCCUUCUACCGCGCAACCUGGCUCACAACAGCCCUCGACGCAGGCUUCUGGACAGCCGCAAAACUAAACCCAGAAUGGCUCCGCGAUAUAGCAAGUCUCAUCUUCAGCGCCUACUACCUCAUCUUCGCAGAUCAAGCCGACGAAAAAGUCAGAAAAAUUAGGGCGAUGAUUACGGUGGAGCAUUUGAGGGUGAGUUGGGAAAAACAGCUUAAUCCGUAUUUACAUGCGAUAUCGGGGUUGAGGAGGCCGCGGUUGAGGAUGCAGACGCAGUUUGUGAUUAAGAGACCGCGGGGGUCGGCGUAUACGACUCCGAUCCGGGUUCAUCUCUAUUUUGCCGGGACGGCGGCUGAGUUGCGUAAUGCGACUUCUCUCGUGCUCAACUUCCCCGGUGGAGGCUUCGUGGCGAUGAACCCCCAAUGCCACGAAGAAUCACUCGUUCCGUGGGCGACUAGACUCGGUGUUCCGAUCGUGAGCGUCGACUACGGCAAAGCACCCGAACACCCCUACCCCUGGGCCCUCGACGAAUGCUUCGACACCUACCGCGCCCUCCUCCUCACAAAAGGCCGCAACAUCGGACUCUCCGGCACCUCCAAACCCAAAAUCGCAAUCAUCGGGGAUUCUGCAGGCGGGAAUUUCGCGGCGGGAGUCACGCUCAUGAUCUUGACGAGCAUGCAUGAGUUCCCGGGGUUGGAGAUGCCGAGGGGGUUGGUGUUGAUUUACCCUUUUCUGGAUUUUAAUAUUAGUAGUUGGAUGAGUGAUGAGGAUGUUAGGUUGUUGAGGCAGGAGAGUGGGAGGGAUGUGUAUUCGAAGGGGAUCAUGAGGACGAAAUCGCGGUUUGGGAAGGGGAGGAGGGGGAAAUCCGUUCUUGACAUGGAGGUCGAAGCGGAUCGGGAGAGUGAGUUGGAGCGCGAAGAGGAAGAGGAAGAAGAACGGGGUGCGCAUGCGGAAAAGGAGUUGGUCCCCCCCAAAAGUCCCGUCCAGCGCAAGAUGGGCACACAACUCGCCAUGACCUCCCGCGUAAGUUUCUUCAACGACCGCAUCAUCACCCCCGAAAUGAUGCGCGCAAUGGCAAUCCUCUACCUCGGCCCCCAAAAUCGGCCAGACUUCACCACAGACUACUUCCUCUCCCCCAUCGUCGCGCCGAGUUCGUUGUUGGCCAAAUUCCCCAAGACGUAUUUUAUGUGUGGGGAGAAGGAUCCGUUUGUUGAUGAUACUGUGUUGUUUGCGGGGAGGAUAAGGGAGGCGAAGAGGAGUGCUUGGCAGAGGAGGCAGGGGUUGGGGUUGGGAAUGACUUCACAGCAAGAGGAGAUGGAUGAGAGGCAGUGGGUUGAGAUGAGUCUUAUUAAGGGUGUUAGUCAUGGUGUACUACAAAUGGUCUCCUUUCUCCCCGAGGCCCGGGGUGCAGUUGCCCGGUGUAGGGAUUGGUUGGCCGAAAUACUCAAAGAUGAUCCG